AAUCAGUGGCAUUAUCAUCUCAAGAAUCAGCAUUAUUGUCUCAAGAAUCAGCAUCGUCUGCAUCAUCACGCGAAUCAACACUAGAACCACAAUUAUCAUCAUUUUCAAAUAAUUUUUGUGUUCCUUUUAAGGAUUUCACACAUCCAAAUUUACCUUUACAUUCUAAUGCAUUAAUUAAAAAUCUAACAUUAGAUGGCGUUAAAAGAUUAAAGAGAAAAACAACAAUUAUUAAUAACUAUUAUACAAUUACUGCUGAUUCUGUAACUUUUAAUUAA